AUGGGAAAAAGCAGUAAGGAUAAAAGAGACGUCUACUACAGAAAGGCCAAGGAGGAGGGCUGGCGAGCGCGUUCCGCGUACAAGCUGCUGCAGCUGAACGAGCAGUUUGGGCUUUUCAACGACAUCCACCGCGUGGUGGAUCUGUGUGCUGCUCCAGGGUCGUGGUCGCAAGUGCUGAGCCGUGAAAUCUUCAAAGACGAGCGUUCUGACGCCCAGAUAGUCGCCGUGGACCUCCAGCCAAUGGCACCGAUUGACAACGUCGUCACACUGCAGGCAGACAUCACCGAUCCUCGCACACUGGACAAAAUCCUCGGCAUCUUUGGCGGAGAGAAAGCCGACUUUGUCUGCUCUGACGGCGCUCCAGAUGUGACUGGACUGCACGAUCUGGACGAGUACAUCCAGGCACAGCUAGUUCUGUGCGCGCUGCGUCUUGCUACCUGCUUGUUGAAGGAAGGAGGCACAUUUGUGGCGAAGAUCUUCAGAGGCAGAGAUAUCGAUCUCCUGUACAGUCAGCUCGGGUUUCUGUUUGAAAAAGUGGUCUGUGCCAAGCCGCGGGCCUCGCGGGGCACGUCACUCGAGUCGUUCAUCGUCUGCAUCGGCUACAAGCCGAGAGAAGGAUGGAAGCCUGAUCUGCAACCAGAGCUGUCCACCGAGGAAUACUUCCAGAACAUGAACAUCGGCCGCGCCAGGUUGCACGAGGACCUGCGCGUAGACUACGAAGAGCGCAAGGUAGCACCGUUUGUGGCCUGUGGGGACCUCAAAACCAGCUACGACUCGGAUGCCUCUUACUCGCUGGACACCGCGGUCAAGCACAGCCUAGACCCUGUGCAAAUGCCCACGGACCCGCCGUACAAGCGCGCGUUGGAGAUGAAACGCCAGGGCCGGCUGCGUGGCAAAUAA